CUUUGACCUUCGCCUCCUCAAAAGCAAUCUGUCUGGGAUAUUGUGAUAACAGUAUUUCUUCAUUCAUUGUUUAAGGCUGACAUCAGUCAACAGGCAGCAAUUGAAAGUUCAUGCUUCUCAAUGCUUUUUUUGCUAAAGGAAGUCAAUAUAUCUUCCACGUUUUAAAGCCAUGCUUUGUUUGAAAGACUACGAAGAAUACGCAAAGAAGCACGUAGAUAGCAAAACAUGGGCGUUUUACAGUCAAGGCGCAGAAAGAGAGAGAACAUUAAGAGAAAAUCUUCAGUGUUAUUUCAGGUAUACGAUAAUACCCAGAAUGCUGCGCAAUACGAAUAAUAGAGAUUUGUCUGUAACUGUCCUUGGAGAAAGAAUUUCUAUACCUGUUGGCAUAGCUCCUACGGCAUAUCAAAAAUUGGCACAUCCAGAGGGAGAAAUGGCCUCCUCUAGAGCUGCAGGAGAAAUGAAUACAAUAUAUACCCUCAGUACUGUAUCAACUACAUCUAUAGAGGAUUUGUCCAAAAAUCGGCAGUAUAUGUCUCCUCUGUGGAUGCAAAUUUAUAUACUCAAAUACCGAAGUGUUACUGAGAAGAUGAUUAAGAAAGCUGAAGCACAUGGAUUCAAAGCACUAGUUUUGACAGUCGAUACACCUGUUACAGGAUUGCAACUCAGAUUAUGGAGGAAAGGUCUGACGAUCCCGCCACAUUUAAGUAUUCCGAAUAUAGCUGAGGCAAUUCCGAAAACAAAUGAUAACGCUAAAUCUUCCAAUCACAUACAAAACGUACGCCUUUUCACCGAAACUUUGACAUGGGAAGACCUGUCUUGGAUCAAGAGCAUUUCCUCUUUACCUCUAGUUCUGAAAGGCAUUUUAACAGGUAAAGAUGCUUUAUUAGCAGUGAAGCACGGAGCUUCAGCUGUCUGGGUUUCUAAUCAUGGAGGACGACAACUAGACGGAGUUGAUACGGCGUUGGAUGCCCUUCCUGAAAUAUGUGCCGCUCUCGCCGGUACUAAUUGUGAAAUUUAUAUGGAUGGUGGCAUUAGGUGGGGAAGUGACAUUUUUAAAGCGUUAGCUCUUGGUGCCAAAACAGUAUUCAUUGGAAGACCUGCAUUGUGGGGUCUUGCCCAUUCCCCUUUUUUUUCCUUCAUAGGGACAGGAUGGUGUGCGACAUGUAUUAGAAAUCCUGAAAAACGAAUUAGAUCGAGCAAUGCAUCUAGCUGGGUGCAAUAGCUUAGAAGACAUUGGACCACACUUGGUAAAGAAAAAGCAUAUAUCUAGAAUAUAGAAAGAGGUGCAGAAUAAAAUAAUCACAUUCUAUCACUCCUAAAAGCAAAAUCUAAUAAAUCUCAGUAAUAAUUAUUAAUUUCUUGAACGAUAUAUUGUCUUUAAUGUUAUGUAGUUUUUUUUCUCUUAUAUAAAAUUCAUUAUUUUGAUGCAAUAUUAUGAUUACUCCUAAAUUGAAAUAAUGCUCACUUUGUGUGGAAAUGAACGCAUUUACAUAAAUUAAUGCUUAAAAUAAGAUGUUUUGUUCUUAGCAUUCCAUCUAAAGCCAAAUGUUGUCUAUAUGAUAGAAGCACAGAAAAUAUGUACAUAACCAAAAAUAAAGCAAAAGAAGUUGCAGUCUGGGAA